AGGGCCGCUCCCUGCGCGCACUGUGCCGGCGGCUGGACUGCGCAUGCGUGUCAGUGGCGUUAGCGGCGGACCCGGCUGGCAGUACCUUCCUCGGAAGGAGCGAUUCCUCUGCCAUGGAGUCCUACGAUGUGAUCGCCAACCAGCCUGUUGUGAUCGACAACGGAUCCGGUGUGAUUAAAGCUGGUUUUGCUGGUGAUCAGAUCCCAAAAUACUGCUUUCCAAACUAUGUGGGCAGACCCAAGCAUGUUCGUGUCAUGGCAGGAGCCCUUGAAGGAGACAUCUUCAUUGGCCCCAAAGCCGAGGAGCACCGAGGGCUGCUGUCCAUCCGCUACCCCAUGGAGCAUGGCAUCGUCAAGGACUGGAACGACAUGGAGCGCAUCUGGCAGUAUGUCUAUUCUAAGGACCAGCUGCAGACUUUCUCAGAAGAGCAUCCCGUACUUCUGACUGAGGCGCCUUUAAACCCACGGAAAAAUCGAGAACGAGCUGCUGAAGUUUUCUUUGAGACCUUCAAUGUGCCCGCUCUCUUCAUCUCCAUGCAAGCUGUACUUAGCCUUUAUGCCACAGGCAGGACCACAGGCGUGGUGCUGGACUCUGGCGACGGCGUCACGCACGCCGUGCCCAUUUAUGAAGGCUUUGCCAUGCCUCACUCCAUCAUGCGCAUUGACAUCGCUGGCCGAGACGUCUCCCGCUUCCUCCGCCUCUACCUGCGCAAGGAGGGCUACGAUUUCCACUCGUCCUCCGAAUUUGAGAUCGUCAAGGCCAUAAAAGAAAGAGCCUGCUACCUGUCCAUAAACCCCCAGAAGGACGAGACGCUGGAGACAGAGAAGGCGCAGUACUACCUGCCCGACGGCAGCACCAUUGAGAUCGGUCCUUCUCGCUUCCGGGCCCCCGAGCUGCUGUUCAGGCCAGACCUGAUUGGUGAGGAGAGCGAGGGCAUCCACGAGGUCCUGGUGUUCGCCAUCCAGAAGUCCGACAUGGACUUGCGGCGCACGCUUUUCUCCAACAUUGUCCUCUCAGGAGGCUCCACCCUGUUCAAAGGUUUUGGUGACAGGCUCCUCAGCGAGGUGAAGAAACUGGCUCCCAAAGACGUGAAGAUCAGGAUAUCUGCACCCCAGGAGAGACUGUAUUCCACAUGGAUCGGGGGCUCUAUCCUUGCCUCCCUGGACACCUUCAAGAAGAUGUGGGUCUCCAAGAAGGAAUACGAGGAAGAUGGCGCCCGAUCCAUCCACAGGAAAACCUUCUAAUGUUGAGACAUCGUCUUUACCUCUCUGAAGUUAACUCUACUUUAAACUCGCUUUCUUGAGUGGGCGUGAUUGCGAGGAGCUGCCUGUGUAUGAUGUGUGUAGGUAUGAAUGUGUGCACAGAUGCGAGUGCCGUGUGGCCCGGGAUCUCCGGGUCCGGAAAGGAUGAUGGCUACCCACGAUGGCGCCAGCCCAGGCUGGCCUUGACCACUACUGGGCCCUGGCGGGGAAGACUGCUGGCAGAGGCCCGCUCCUUCCUCAGCUGGGCCUUCAUCUGGCUGUGGGGUUCUGUUACCACCGCAGGGAGACUUGCUGCUGCCCACCCUGGGCUGGCUGGCCCACCCUGCCCCACCCCAGGGUGCUCUGAAGCCUGAGCUGCUGCCUGUCCCUGGCACCACCCUGCUGUCCUUGCCUCUUGACGAUGGACUCUGGACUGGGGUUGGGGUUAAGUUCUGCCUGGUCUGGCUGUCUUCAGUGGUAAGCUGUAAAACCACUCGAGCGUGCCUAGAGACGGGUUGGGCGGCGGCAGGGUGCCCUCACAUCCGCUUGGGCCCGGCACCCCACUGGGCGCAGGGAGGGCAGUAGUGCCGCCUGUGACUGGCUGCAGAGUUAGUGCUCCAAGCCUAGCCCACCUCCGGGAUCUUCGGAGAGCUAAGGAGCCUGCUGGCUCCAGGUCAUUCCUCGCUUUUCAUCCAUCCUCGUUUCAAUGCCAUCCCCACGGGCUUAUUUAUUGAAGUAUUGUUCAGUAGGGGGACUGGGAGCCCGGGCUCCCUGCCUCCUGCCCGCCAGCCGCCACGUCAACUCAUGUUUGCAGCGUAGCGUGCAGGGCUGCCACCCCUGCCGACGGCGAGUUGACGACAUCCGUAGCUGUGCCUCAGCGCACUCUGGGACUGGAGGUUACACUCAAAGCCUCUUUCUUUCUCCCUCCUCCACCUGCUCACUGCCCUGGAGCCAACAGGCUGGCUGCUGGUUGAAUUUUCUGAAACAGGAGGUAGCAUCCCUCUGGCAGAGCCCCUUGCAAGGGAGGGUUGUUGGAGAUCCGGUCCCUUAGGACUGGAGAAAGCUGCAGUUUACCACGUUGCCUUUUGCCAUUCUACCCGGCCAGGGGAACUGGUUGGAGAGGCAGGAAGGCCCCUCGAGUGAUCGUGUGCCGCUGCUGACUUUGGUCCUGUUUGGGGAGGGAGGGACGAGGGCCUGGAGCUGAUGGAGGCUUGGGCCUGACCUCAGGAAGUCCAGCGGCCUUCAGCCCAGAUGGUACAAAGCGGGGUGAACCUGUCUUCACCGGCACCAUUGCCUGUGACACCAGGACCCAGCCAGUGCCAGAUUCCAGGCAGUAUUCUUUCCCCAUACCGUCCCGGGACCAAAGGCCCCUGCCAGAUGUGAGCCGAAGCAGGUGUGUGUGAAAGCGACGUGGCAGCUGCAGACCGCAGUGCGCGUAACCAGCUCACCUCCCCCUUAGCCCAAGCCUGUCCCUUGCACAGCCUCGCACAAACCGUAUUGCCUGGUGGGGCCCAGUGUACUUAAAUAAAGUUGUUCCGAUAGACACAUGA